CUUACUGGGUCAUUCCACGUGGUUCGUUCUUGAUCUCGUGCGGUCUCGUUGCUAUGCCAUAGUAAAACGAUUGCAGUAAUAGUAAACUGUUGAGAAGUAAUAAAUAUUCUCGUGUGAUUGUAACAGAAAGAGUGAAUAUUAUUCUUUUAUUUUUUUUCUAUAAGCUUGGAAUAAAUCUAAAGUUCACAAUGGAACAGGAUCUAAAAGCUAAAAUUGACCAAGCUUGUCGGACUGCUGAAGAAUUUACAAAAUUGUAUUAUGAAACUUUGGACAAGCGGAGAUACCUAAUAUCAAGAAUGUACAUGGAAGCUGCUAAUCUUAUAUGGAAUGGAAAUGGAGUAUCAGGCAAGGAGAACAUACAAAAAUUUUGGACAGAUCUGCCACCGUCUGAACAUAAUGUUACUACUCUGGAUGCUCAGCCAAUAAUAGGUCCAGAUACAACUACCCAGCUAUCAUUUCUUGUCAAAGUUGGUGGGCAAGUAAAAUAUGAAGAGAAGAGCUCCAAGGCGAUAAAUCAAACCUUUCUAAUAACGGCAAUAGGUGACAAAUGGAAGAUUGUGAGCGACUGUUUCCGAACGCAAGAACUAGUCGAUAGUGGUACUAGUUCAUAACUGUACUUAAUGUAUUUAUAUUUUUAUACUUAAGAGAGAAUAUUGCUAUUUUUUAUAUUGUGAUAUAGUGAUAAUAGGAUUUUUGUUUGUUGCAAAACAAUUUAUAAAAUUAACAUUCGAAGAUAUUACUUUAUCAGGGUUUCACAAGCAAUCGAUACUCAGUGAAACUGAAAUCAAAAUGCCGUUUUGUUCACAUAUAACAUCGGUAUAAAAAUGAUGAUACUAACGCGGUCCAAAAAACAUCUUCGAAUGUUAAUAACACCGCGAAAGCAUCAAAUA